AUGCCGUUUCCAUUUGCACCGUCGACAACGUCGCAAGUGGCAUUCCAAUCGCAUCUAACCUCGUCAACCCACCCCUCGCUUCCUUCAGCAACCACAUCGCAGCGUUCGGUCGUCCGCUCCGCUCUGAAAUCUCACAAGCGACUGUCAGCAUCCGAUCAGUCGAACAACCUCUCAGCUUUGGUAACGGCUUUAUCUGAAUAUCUCAAGUACCUUUGUAGCCUUGAUUUGGGCCUGAGCGGGAAGCCGGUCUCGAACGAAGAUGUUGACAUUGCCCUGAUCAAUGAGAUUGAGGUCGAAUGGCGUCCCACCCUAGGAUCCAGCAAUAUUCCUGGCCGGGAGGCUGAACGGGUGAAAGGGAAAGGUCUUGACUUUGAGCUUUACUUUGUACACCACACUCUUGCAGUUGUCUACAACCUGCUCGCCAGACACUCCCUGUUGGGUCUCUAUGCCACCACUACUCCAACCGCCGACCAGCGCCUUUCUUUUAUUCGUAAUGCCAUCCAGAGUUUGACCAAGGCCUAUUCCCUACAUGCGUAUCUGAGCCACCGCUCUAGCUUUUCUGCCGAUGGACCACCUACCUUUCCCGCCCCGGCAGCCGACAUCUCUCAGCCUGUACAGUCUGCCCUUCAGCAUCUUACACAAGCGGAGAUCAAUCUCCUGUCAGUGCUCAAGGAUGACCCCUACCCAGCCCAAGUGCUACAGUCCCGGAACAAGGACGACAAGGAAUGGAUGAUCAAAGCUCCAGAAAAGCCCAAAGCCAGGGUCGCAAUGCUGCAGAGACUGUGCAUUGGAGCCGCCGAAAAGGCAGCAUCGGCUUCUGUGGCACUCAAGACCGAAGGAAAGCGUGCUUCCAAAGAUCUAAUUGAGUACUGUGAGGAUUUGCGUGCCACAGCCCGUGCCAAAGCCUGCCGUUUCGCAGCCGUUGAAGCUGACACCUCGGGCGAAACAGGAAAAGCCAUCGCAUGGAUACGCGCCGGACUCAAUGAGCUCGGCAUCGAGAUCUCCUCCACCGGCAGCAAGAGCACCUUCUCCAAGUUGAAAAACACCUACGCCGAACGCAAAGAGGACAAGCGCAUUGCCAAGGGCGACAGUACCUGGGGAGUCGACGGUGGCAAGGCAGAAGAGGGUCGUAUUCUGGCCUUUCUGGAGACCAAAUUCACAAAGGCGAACGAUACCAUCAACAUACAGCUCAUACCGGAAUGGAAGCCGCUGUUGGCACAGAUGCCGGGCGCCAUGGUUUUCCCUGUGAACGAAAAGUGGAAGCCAGUCACCUUGGCGGAAGACGAGUUGGCUGCAAUGCGAGCAUUGCCUGAUGGGGACAACCUAGAGCAGGGGGCCGAGAGCAGCGACGAGGAUGAAGUGGGCAAAGAGAGGAGGCCGGCUGGGGCAUUCCCCGGCACAGACGAGGAGUAUGGCCGUUCCAACUACUACUAA